UGGGCGAGGAGAGUCUCCAAGUUGGCCGGAGCUGAAUGCGGCUCGAGGCGGACCGCUUCUUGCAGCUUUCACCACAUUGCUCUCCAGGUGGCUAGCUCAUCCAAGCGACAUCGAUUGCAAGGCGCACCGAGGAUCAGCACACACGAGCAUCCUCGAAGUUACUCUUCAUUCUCAGGAAGGUACUCCGCAAAGUGGUCUCAUCCAUAUGCUCUCCACGAUGUGCCGCUUGGUGCUGUUCCAAGUAGCCAUGUGGGCGAUGAAAGUCCUAAUAACUGCGAACCUUGUCGAGCUUGCUGGGGCGAUACCUAUGCAGGGUCAACAAGCCCUUUCGGAGCACGACGCAGCCAGCCCAACCGUAGCAGGCUCUUUUGCAAUGUCUCGACCGAGCACAACGAGACAAAUCGACUCAGCUCCCGCUAGACCAAAGCGCGGCCGACCACGUCUGAAUCCAGAGAUUCCCAGGGUGCCAACAGGCUCGACACCGAGAGUGCGCUUGUUCAAGCAUCAUCCCAUCAUCUCUGGUCCGGUCAUCAUCUCGGCGCACGAUGCUGCAUCGAGCGGAAAAGCAGAAGCGACGUCUCUGGUGCGGCAAUCUCGUCCGCCGCAUCCCAAUUCGGGAUCCUCAAAUCCCGUAGGCAGACCUUUCAAGCCCAUACACGGCUUUCCCCUUUCCGAAUCGGAGCUGCUCGACGCCCAAGUGAUCGACGAGAAGACGCACGUGAAGCAACACCCUCCCAACACUGCAUGGCCUGCCACGGUCGGCUACAGCAAAGCUGCUGCUGCAGAAUUCGACAAAUUGCAUCCCGAAGAGAAGCUGCCGGCCAUAUCGCGCGCAAAUGCAGCUUUGCGCAAUUGGGCACGAGCGGAGCCGGAUGUGGGCCAUUAUCAGGUGCACGAUGUUCAGAAAGAUGGGAUGGAUCUCGUUUGGCAGGUCGAGGGAGAGGCUUUUGAUCGAACUGGCAAGAGGCUGAAGAGACACAAGCAGAUAUCACUUUUCCCUAGCCUCCAUGCAGUACCCCACCUGUGACGCUGGAACGUGCGGGGAGGACGCGCGCAUCGUGCGCUCGGACCAUUGACGGCGAGAUCGAGAGAGAAGGAGAGCAUAUGGGCAAGACGAAUGGGGAUUGGGACAUGAAGCAGUGACACAGGUCGAAUUGGCAACACGCGAUUCAUCAUGACAUGAUUACCGAAUCCGUGCAUUUACUCUCCUACUGCGCCUUUCACACACUCGCAAAGCGGGAAGAUGCCUCUAUCUCGAGCCCUCGUCCUCAUGACCGGAUACGCCCUCCGCAGCGAGAGCCACAGAUGGUCGCACGUGACUCUGCAUGCAAACACCCUACGCGCGACGCGCGCAACCUCCUUUACAUCCACCAUCACUAUA